AUGCCCUCCUUCGACCAACUUGCUGAUGCCCCCAAGAAGGGCAAGGUCAUCAAAUCCGCCUACGAGAGCGAAAGUUUCGAGUCAGAUGGCACCAUUCAUGUUGAUGGCCUAGUCGGCUCUGCCACUAUCUCUCCUGCUGGGCGAGACGUCGCUUUGGCUUCGCCCGAUGGAUUGGCAAUCAUAGAUCUUGACUCGCCCUAUAGCCCUCCGCGGCGACUGAGGACUCAUGGCCUCCCGUGGUUGGUUGUGGAUGUCCAAUGGUCACCCUUUGCUGCUCGCGACUACUGGAUCGUCUCAGCCGCCAACCAUCGUGCCCUGGUGUGGAAUCUAAAUCGCAGGGAAGACUCAAGUUCAGGUGCCAUAGAACAUUCUCUUCAAGGCCACAGUCGUGCUAUUACAGACGUCAACUGGUCUGCUCACCAUCCAGACCUCUUGUCGACCUGCUCAGUAGAUGGCUAUAUUCACGCAUGGGAUCUUCGAAGACCACGCCAGCCUGUUUUGACCUUCUGCGAUUGGACUGCUGGCGCAUCUCAGGUCAAAUACAACCGCCAAGCAUCUCACAUUCUGGCUUCUGCUCACGAUCGAUGGCUGCAUAUUUGGGAUGAACGCCGUUCUUCUGAGCCUCUAAAGUCUAUCAAAGCUCACAAAUCCAAGAUAUAUGGUCUGGACUGGAAUCGAUCUGACCCCAAGGCGAUCGUCUCCUGUUCCAUCGACAAGAGGAUCAACUUCUGGGACUAUACUGCGGAAGAGCCCUUGCAACAUACCAUUGAAACUGGAUUUCCAGUGUGGAGAGCUCGUCAUACACCUUUCGGACACGGCCUCCUCGCAAUACCCCAGAACGAACCGGGAGAUCUUUAUCUAUACGACACCAACUUUGAACCAGAAUCGAAAGUGACGAGUCAACCAAUCGAUGUCUGGCCGGGGCACGGAGAUCACAAAGCAAAGGAAUUUCUGUGGCGAUGCCGUGGCGGCAUAACUGAUGACGGUAAAGACAACCGUGAAUUCCAGCUCGUCUCCUGGGGCACGGACAAUGAACUGAAGCUUCAAUGCAUCGACCCCAAAAUCUUCGCCGCUAUCGGCCAUAAACGCGGCAUGCCAGCCGAUCCAGCAAUCAGCAUCACUCGGAAAGGCGCAACAUACAAGACUUUCCGUACAGUCGACGAAAGUACGGAUCGCGAUCGUAAAUCUGCCACAAUGAGUGAUCACCGGCCUAGCAACAGCUAUCAUAAGCAAAGUGCUCUUACUCUAGGAAUGCGAUCAGGCACAACUCAAAGCCACCGUACAUCGAUGGCGUGGCGAGGUCCUUCGAUGAAGGCCAAGGUGUCUGGAAGAUCCGUCGAUCGUAACCAGUCGCAAAUAGGAUGGAUGAAAGGAAUUGCCAUGACUAAGAGAAAGGCAUCAACGAGCGCCAAACGACACUUAUCGAAAGACUCGGGUAUCUUUGGCCAUGGAUACCCUGACGAUGAGUGGGCAGAACCUGAGUCUAUUCAGGAGGAACUUCUACGCAUAAGCCAUCAACUUCCCAAAGUGAGGUGGGACAACAUUGAUAUGGAUAGUUUGACUCUCAACGUCUCACUGAACGGCCCCUGGGGCGCUGAUGGGGAAACUAUAUUCGUUGAGGUCCGGAUUGAUAUUCCAGUCGGCUAUCCCAAGACCAGGGCACCAAAGUUCUAUGUUGAGAAAUCGUCCUUCAUGCCUGCAGAGACGCACAAGAAGAUUGAUCGCGAGGUUCACCAACUGGCCAAUCAGUUCUUGCAGAGAAAAAAGAAUUGCCUCGAGGUUGCCUUUACGUAUCUCCUUGGGGAAGUUGAUCUUGAAAGCAGCACAACUUUCUUCAAGAAUGUUCGAGAUUUAGAUGAUGAGCUCGAUGGCCUAGCAGACGAGAGCUCUAGUGAAUCCGACGAGGAUAUCCCCGCUGGCGGUUCAGCAUCCAUGUCUCAAGAACUGCCCCCUCAUAACGAGCUGGACACCGCGCUUGCGCCUCCGAAUAGGACAAUCGUGCCACCGCCACCCAGGACUUGCGGUGCCAGGUUCUCACACAACGGACGAUUGAUUUGUUUCUUCCCCUCCAAAGAGGAAAAGGCGCGCGCAUUGUUCACAACAACUAUGGACGCUUAUAGGGAACGUCCCAAGGGGGAACCAUUCUUUGCGGGCUUUGGCAGAAUCGCACAUGAUCUUGGGCCUCGACAACGUUUUAUGGCGGAAGUCAGUUCAGCAUCCAGCGGGGAUUCUGAUACCUCUGCCUCUGGAUCGUCUUCAUCCUCAUCAUCUUCGAGUGAUUCGGAAUCUACGUCAAUGCACAAGAUUAAUCUCUGGUACCACCCUAGCCGCCAGUUUAGGAAAACAUGGAGCGAAGACAGAUCAAUACGCUCGAGUGGCGGUGGUACAGGAGUAGGCACUGGUACUGGCACUGGCACAAGUCGUCGCAGGCCUGGUCGUCCCAAGAACCUAAUCUCGAUACAUGACUUCCGUGGUCUUCUCCCCUCGAAAGAGGAAUUUGCGCGUGAGUACGCCAUAUUUGGCGACGGGGCCGAGGUCUGUGAGCACAACGCAAAGGUUGCUGAGAAGUACAAUGCUCGAGAUCUGGUUGAUGUCUGGCGAUAUCUUGGGCUUCUAUUGAAGAAGGGCGUUCCGCUCGAGAUACUCGCCCACAAUCAGAGGCGCGAUUCUAUUCUGGUAAUAGCCCACGAUGUGGUGUCCAGGUGCAAUGCAGAUACUUCUCCUCUCGACUCCUUUUUGGAAAGACAUGAAGGUGCAUUGUCUGGCAGAGUCAAAUGGGGUAGACAUCCCUUGGCCAGAGACUUCAUCAUGGACCUUUUUGCAUACUAUGAGCAGAUUGCCGACAUCCAAAUGUUGGCAAUGCUUUCUUGUAUAUUCAGCGAGUCUUCUGCUGCAGACAGUGUGGCUUACUUUGAAUCGCAUCUACCGCAGCCCGAGACUCCGCUCCCCUUCAAGGCACCAGCUUUCUCACUGGACUACUUCCCCACUGAUGCCUCAUUAUGGAAUAUUGGUGGACGCAGUUAUACCAACUCAGCUAUUACGACACCGAUGACAGUGCACACUCCUGUCCACUAUUCUGGAUCUCAGGCCUCAGACGAUGGCAUAUGGGGUGGCGAUGCAGCAUCGAACUCGUACUCUUGUGGAGAGACGCCGCCAAAUAAAUUCAAGGGGUAUUUAGGGGAAGUCGAGGCACCGCCCAGCGUGUCUACGUCUCCAAACACGCGAUUUCUAAAUAGAGCAAACUCGGGUCUGGCAUCAGCUUUUGCUGCCAACCUGCCACGUUCGUUUGCAGGGGUCAGCUCGUCGUCACCUCCAAAUCAAGUAAGAAAGAGACCCAGCCCUGCUGAGACGAUCCUCAGCAGUCUGGCUCCGGGCAACGUUACAUGGAGUGCGUCGACCACGAUGGACUCGACUGGUGGGAGAACCUCGUUAGAUGAGGACGAUUAUGGGAGGGAUGAUUAUCUGUCACUUGUGCCCACAAAGAUUGCCGUCACAAUGGAGGAUCAAACCGCCUUCGACGAUGAUGGUUGGCUGAACGUAUCCAUGCUCGAGCCCAGCCAGGCAGAUGUCCAUGCUCGUUAUCGAUAUGCGUAUGCUGAAAUGCUGCAAAUGUGGAAUCAACCACUCUCCAGACUCGAGGUUAUGAAAUUCAACUCACUCAAGGAGGACAUGACUGGAGGGCAUGGUGACGACGCCUUCCAUGAGCCUGGCGCUGGCCACGAUGGCAAAGCACAUAACUCAUCGCCCAUCGCCAUGGGCAAGAAGGAUCAGCUUCAAGCGUUGCUUGCAUCAGGCCGCGGUCUUGAUGUCACAGGGAUGUGCCGCAUACACGAGAUCCAGCUGGAGCCACUUCGUUAUAGUUCCAGUGACUCCAAGGUCGGUGGUGCUGUUGGUACAUGUGAUCGCUGCCAUCAGACUCAGAGUCAGCUCACAUGUGUGUACUGCCUUGAGCCUGUGGAUGCUCUCUUCCCUCCAUGCUUGGCCUGUGGUUGCGCAAGUCAUGAGGCGUGUCUAGCAGAGUGGCAUGCUGCCGGCGAAACGCAAUGCCCCGCAGGCGACGAGUGCAACUGUGUGGAGGAGGCAGCAGAUGGCCAGGUUGAAUCAUGGGCAGCCCUUCAGGGAGCCAUGCUCAAGGGGCAAAGACAUAUGAUGAUGUUGCCUGGUCCAGCCUUGGAUGAUAGCGACGACGACACAAAGAUGCCUCGUAACUGGGAGAGAGUUGAGUCCUCUUUUCCCUCGCGAAUGCAGGGCCUUUCAGCUGCCAGCAUAAGUCUGGGCAACAGGCUACGGAAAUCAGCAGGAGAAUGGUCACGAGCUUCGAGUUUGAAACGAAACGAUCGGAGGAACGUAAUAUAA